AUGUCCAAGUUUUGCAUAGUUUUCCUACUGAUGCUCACUAUAGCUAGUGUCAAAAGCAAAAAUUAUAAUAAUAUUACUAAAUUUCGUGUUUAUGUCCAUGAAUAUUUUAGCGGGCCAAAUGCAAAUAUUUAUGAGGUUGCUCGAGCCAACAUCACGGCUAAUUCCCCGGCGUCCUUCGGCCUCGUCAGCGUCGGAGACACGUCGAUGACGAGUGGGCCCGACAUGAACACGGGGAAGUUGGGGCGGGCUCAAGGCUAUACGGUAAAUACAGACCUAAAGGAGUUGGUUACUAUGCUCAACGCGGAGUUUAUAUUCACGGUCGGGAAGUAUCGAGGAAGCUCCUUAAUUGUGUCGGGACGUAUUAAUCAUGAACUUGCCAUCGUGGGUGGAACGGCUCUCUUUCGAAUGGCGCGAGGAUACGUCGAUUCUACUACUUAUUUUAGUGAUCCUCACACUGGUUAUGUCAUUGGCAUUUUUGAUUUCUCAGUUUAUCUUGACUAG